CAGGGAACGAGUCGUCGCAACGUCUCCCGCAAGAAUGCGCGGGCUGCCGCUGAGCGAUAUCUGGAUCGGCGGGACGUUGAUGCGUUACGCCCGCUCAAAGGAGCGGAGCCGCAGUUUUUUCUUGUCCACUUCAGGCAGACGAUGCCAUCGCUCAGAGGACUCUCGCUCUGUCCGGCAGGACAGCGAUCCUGUGAUCAUCUCUCAAAAUUGCAUCUCUGCUUGCGCGUCGUGCCUUCCCUUCUAGUGGCGUCAUUGUUUGGCUUAUCGACUCAUCGGUGGAGUGAUUUGCUUGUCGACAGUCGCUGCCUUUCCACCGGUAAGCACAUGCACGAGAGAUGACACGUGCGAACGACACACUCACUCAGUGCGCAUUGUGUGUGUGGUGGUUUUGAGGCGCUGUGUGGGCUGCCGUGAGGACAGCGGGUGGCACUAUGAGCAGCACAUCGGCAUCAGCUGCUGCAAGUGGGCUGACCUACUGGCUUAAGAGAGAGGGAGGGGAGGAUCCACUUAUGUGGUGUGGUGUUCGUUGGUCAGGCCGCGAACAUAUUGGAGUCGGCAAUCGCAGCGGUGCUCUCGUAGACCAGUCGAUGAGUGCGGCAGGCAGCACGUCUGUCGCCGGCAGCCUGCUCAACGCCCUCAGGAACCUCUGUGUGCUGCAGUCGCGGGUAUGCAGAACAGAACAGAGAAGAGCCACAGCUACAUCAUCCCUAUCCGUCGCGCGCACGUGUGCGCGCGUGUGUGUGUGAUCAGGGUCAAGCGGUUCUCGAAUCGCUUUAUGCAGUAAGGCACACAGGCAGCUGGCUGGCCCUAUGUGGCUCAUUCUGGUGUGACGUGUGUCAUUCACAGGGGUCGCCCAUUAGCGCGGAGAUGGCCAGCGGAGCCCUCUCGGAUCUCGCAUCUCACACAGAAGGCUGCGGCUCGGCCAUCGCACGGCUGGAUAGCCUAGUGCAGGUCGGAAUGAUGCCGAUAGCCUCUCUGUGUGUAUGCCUUCUCUCUCUGCAUAUAAUGCUCUGUGUGUGUUCUUGUUUUCGGUUCAGGGCAGCAGUGGUGCGCGGGAGACGACUGAGGAGGCCUCCGACGCUGCACAUGAGGGGGUACGUCUGUUUCGCUCUAAUACUGACAUGACGGCCUGUGAAUUGCGUGGUGUAGUUUCUGUCGUGCCCCAAGGGGGACUUGGCCGGCAAGAAACUCCACAACACCGGGGGCCAAAAGGUCAGUCAGGGAGGGAGGGGCCACCUGUGCUGUGUACAGGUGUUUGGGCGGUGUCUUGUGCCUUGGUGUGUGCAGUCUAGCAAGAAGAGCGGCAAGACCUCGUCCAAGCCAUCGUCAGCCAAAUCGGUAGGUAAACCACACUAAACCACACUCACGCACCGCACCAAACGCAGAUCUGAUCUCCACUCCACUCAUACGACCCUCCUGUCGUAUGCUUGCCGUCUUCUCUCUCCAAAUCAGGAGGGCGGCAGUGGUGUCAAGCGUCCGCCCGGCAAGUUCAUCCUGUUUUGCAACGAGCGCCGCGCGGCCCUGAAGCAGGAGAUGGAGGCCGAGGGCGUCGAUGCCGCACCCAAGGGCGUCAACAAACGGCUCGGGGAGGAGUGGAACACCAUGGACGAAGACGAAAAGAAGGUCAACUCGGACGGGGAGAGACGUUCACAUGGAUGGACGCUCAGCUCACAUGGUGCACCGCACCGUGUCCUGUGUAUGUGUUGUGGCUGUCAGCCGUACAAGGACAAGGCUGAGGAGCUGCUCGCUGCCUGGAAGCAGAGUCAGUGAGCCGACAGACCGUCCGACAACGCACAACCACACACAUGUGUCCAUUUGUGUGUGUCGUGUCGUGUCAUGUUUGUCAGGCACUGGCGGCGAUUCCUCGUCCAAGAAGGGCAAGAAGGGCAAGGGCGACGAAGACGAUGAGGACGAGGGGGAGGAAGACGAAAACGUAACACAACAAACACGACCACCCCAUCGGCUAUUCGUCUGUGUGUCCAUGGAUGUCGCUAUCAGGAAGCCGUGCAGGGCCAGGGUGGUGCGAAGCGUUGCCGAGUCGAUGGCCUUCCCGAGUCGUCUGGUGCUGCCCAGCCCGUCUUCCUGCCUGGGCUGUCCCUGCCCACCGACGUCAUGCGCGACGUAUUCCUACCUCUCAUCACCCCCAACGACUCCACUGCCCUCUGCCGCACAUCCGAGGCGGUCAGCAGCGCACUCGAGGCCGGCGUGGCCGCCGACAUCGACAGCAUCAUCCGACACGACGGCCUCACCGGCGUCAUCGGCUACCGCCAGGUGCGCCAGUCGACCGGCGUCCGUCGUCUGGUGCGCCGACUGCGACUGAUCCGCCUCCACUACCUGAUGGUGGCGGGGGGCGACUGGCGCGGCAGCGUGCCGCUGCUGCGGCUGGCCAAGAGCUGCGGACGGGUGAAGCAGCUGCCCAUCGAGCUGACGAAGAACGACCUGCAGCACGUGGGCAGCAAGGCCGUCAUCGACAGCCGGCCGCCCAGCAUGAGGCAAUACGCCCUCUUCAGCCACCGACUGAGCCAGAGGAUGCGGCUGACGCGUGAUGCCGGCGGGGGGGACGAGAUGGGCGGGGAUGAGGUGACGGUGUACACCGACCAGACGGUGCCGGCCAGAUAUCGAGAUCGAUUCGAUCCAGACGAUCCUGUGUGCGAAUGUAAGAGAGGGAGGGCAAAGCCCACAAGAAAGGCAACUCGACCUAGAUGGUCUUCUCCCUCCCUGUUUCCGUGUCUGCAGACGGUGGUGUCGUGUACGAUGGCUUCAGAGGAAUGAUCAUCAAGAGGUGCGAUGCGGCACCGCUCAAAGUGGAAGGCACACACAAGACGGCAACCUGCUGUUUGCUCUUGCCUUCCCAGCAUGGCCUUCGGGUCAUCGCGUUUGGUGUCAAACCGCUUCUACAACGGGCGUCCGCCCUCUGCUGAGUGUCACCGCAUCAAUGUCCUGCUCGACCAGCAGCCGCCCCUGUGGGACUGUCGCACCAUCGGCUACCACCUCCACACACCCCGCCGAUUCGUCAUACUCUGUGGCGACGAGGAGGGCGAUGACUUCCUGGCCUUCAUCGAGAUGACCAAGUACACAGGACACAUGUACCCUGAUGGGGCGGCAGACAUGUACCUGUACACCACCGAGGCGCCCCAGAGCGGCGUAGGCGCUGCUGGCUCCCCCCUGACAGUGUCCAUCGCGCGCAACAAGAUGGGCGACGACAUCAGAGCCCUCCCAGACGUCGACGAGGCCUCCAAUACAGGUACACGCGACUGCAAAGUGAGACCCACACAGGGGCAAGACUUUCUCUUCAUGUGUGUGCACAGCUGUCGCGGCGGUGUUAGUGUAGCUGAUGUGGAGUGACGUACACAUCUGACGGGUGGACGACUCUGAGAUGAGCAUGUGACCUGGCAAUGGGCGUGGCGUGGCUGGUGGGGGGAUGCAAUGGAUGCUUCUGUAGCCGUCCACUUUUUCUAUGCGUGUUUUUUCUCACACAAAUCCAAUCCCUACACGCGAUCAUCAAUGCAUGGAUCCCGAGCCGUUCUUCAGCAUGUAUGGCAUGUAUCCACCGCAUCCAGUUUUGUGUACACACACUGGUUGUCGUCGGAUUCAUAUUCGUGCAGGCCAGGCGGUGCGUGGUGAACUCCUUGAUCUGACUGACGGGCUGGUUGAGUGCUUUACCAUUCAGAUGUCAUGUGG